CUUCAUUUCCAGAGGGUUGGGAGAUUAUGAAGAGGGAAAAGGCAACAAAAGAAGGAGUCAUUGACCAAAGAUUUGUAUGACUUUGAAAUUUCCGAAGCAGCCUCGUUCCUUUCUUACCCUAUUUCAUCCUUUUCUCUCAUUUCAACAUUAAUCAAUUCAUUAUUGCAAAAUACAACAAUAAACAAACUAUCCACUUUCGCUUCUUCUUCUUCUUCUUCUUCUUCUUCUUCUUCUUCUUCUUCUUCUUCUUCUUCCAUUUCGCUUUUCUCAAAAGUGAAAACCAAAUUUUGCGACCGCAACAAUUAUCACUCAGAUCAGUAACAUACAUACAUGCCCAUCUCAGAAACCCCACAAGAACAAAAUUUCAGAACUCGAGUGAUGGACUUUGAAUGAAAUCCUGUUUUUCAUUAAUGAGAUUCAAUUGAAGUGAACUGAUUCACUGGAAAACUUAUUUCUCAUAUUAUCGAGUUACUAUUGAAGCUGUUGGGUUUGAUUUAACUACACGAGUUCGUUGGAUCUCUGAGCAUGGCUGGGAAUCAAGGCCAGUUUGAGAUCAAGUUUCGGUUGACUGAUGGUUCUGAUAUUGGCCCCAAAAAUUUUCCUGCUGCUACAAGUAUUGCAACAUUGAAAGAAAGUAUUCUUGCUCAGUGGCCCAAAGAGACAGAGAAUGGCCCAAGGACUAUAAAAGACAUGAAGUUAAUUAGUGGGGGAAAAAUAUUGGAGAAUAACAGAACAGUUGGGGAAUGCCAGAGCCCACUAGGUGAUGCCCCCGGUACUGUUACAACGAUGCAUGUGGUUGUGCAACAUCCUGUUACAGAGAAAGAGAAGAAAGCUGCAAGCAAAGCAACGCAGAACAAAUGUAUGUGUGUUAUUUUAUAGCAUCCAGAAUGAAUAGCAGAUGUCAUCUUUCUUAGGUGGUUAGGGACACUUCAUUUUUACGUAACCUGCGGCAUCCAAGAUUUCGACAUACGCAAAUUAUUUGGUUGCAUGCCUCAUUCAUACUACAGGCAGAGUACUGGACUAUGUACUUUGUUUUUUUUUUUUUUUUUUUUUUUAAA